UAGUGACUAGAUAGGCUGGCCUUUGUCGUCAAAGAAACAUUUAUUCUUCUUAGACCGAGUUGGUUGUCUAUCAAAGUCAAGUUUAAUAGUGUCUAAGAUUCUGAAUUUAAACAUUAAUCAAUGAAGAACAAGAAACUAAGCCUCUCAAAAAUAAGGUAAUGAUCCUGGGUAGGUAACGUUUUACAGCUCGAUUAUUAUUUGAUUCAUGUUCUUGGCAAGCUUGUGUUAUUCUCCUACAAAUAGAGUUGGUAGUUGGAGUCAGAAAUCUCAGCUGCAACCUUCUUCUGUGUCAUUUCAGUUUUGGUUGGUUGAAACUUGUAAGAGAAGAGAUUAAAGAAUCACCAGUGAUGAAAACCAUUUCUGGCAGCUUAGCUCACCAAGAACCCAUGUUUGAUUUCAGGGAACCUUCCCCUCCUUUCAUUUCCUUACCGCAGAAGACGAUUACAACCGUCAGAAAUUCAUCCUUCUCUUAUCUGAAUAAUCAAGUUGAUGAUUCCGAAAUAAGCAUUUUCGAUGCGCAAAAAUACUUCAAUGAAAGCGGCAGCAGCGAUCCACGAUUCAGCAACAGAGUUUCUCCUGUUAAUGUUAUUAACCUUGAACGCAUUUCCGAGCAAUGUGAUUUGUCUGCUAUUCCUAGAUUUUCUUCUGCUUCGUCUUCCGUUGAUGGACAUGGUCGAAACUACAGGACUGGUUCAUUCCACGCAACGCCAACAGCUUCUUCGGAGGCAAGCUGGAAUAGUCAAACUGGUUUGCUCUCUAAUCCGCCAGGAGCUAUUGCAGUCAGCGUGCGACAUCUGAGUGCUAAUGAAAAGAAAAAAGGGUCUGCAACCAAGUGGCUUCUCGGGCGAAAAUGUCCUUGUUCUGGCAAGAAAUCUGUUCAAGUUGAGGAAAAACUGUCAGAGCCCAGAACCCCAUCUCGCCCAAAUUACAAGUCUAAAGACUCUCGGAAUCUCCCAAGGCAAGUUUCUGACCCUGCAACUACAGAUCACUGGCUCCAACGACGGGAAGUGAUCCCUAAUUGCCACAGAAUCUCAGCAGAUAAUAAUCGUUUUCCUUCAAUUCUUGGACACCAUAGUCUGUUAUCGUCGACGAGAAGAUUCAGUGCUGAUGGGACGAGCGGGUUCUCUUUCCCUAUACUGAACCAAACAACUCCUACGAAACUUGUAUUAAAUGGAUUGUCAUCUCCCAAUAACUACAGUAGUCCUCCUCCUCCUCCUCCUCAACUUGAUGAUCCACCUCGGGAUUCCCUCGAAGUUUUCCGACCUCCGGAAGAUCCAGUUUCAACCAAGACAGCGAUGGAGAUCCACCGACGUCAGAGUUUCACAUUUCCGGCGAGUCCCAAGUCGAGAAUGACGACGAUAGAUGAUGACAAUGCAAGCGAUGCGAGUUCAGACUUGUUCGAGAUAGAAAGCCUGUCUACUCAAACAACAUCAUAUCCAUCGUCCAAUCAUCGGCGAGACUCACUGGAAGAAGCAAGACGUUUGGGUGGCAGUAUAAAUGGAAGUAGUUUGUAUUGCAGUCGAAGUCUGGAUGAGCAGACGACGAUAUCUGUGACACCAACAGAAUGUUACGAACCAAGUGAAGCCAGCAUAGAUUGGAGUGUAACAACAGCUGAAGGAUUCGACAGAGCAAGUGUCACAAAUUUCUCGAUCACCGCAUCAGAGGCUGAGGAGAUGCACCGUCAUGAGUCUGACAAGAAUAGCGGUGGGAAGAAGAGAGGAGGGUUGUUGAGCUGUCGAUGUGAGAAGGCGGUGAGUGUGGGGCCACAGCCGGUGAAAUCAGCGGGCAUGGAGGGACAAAGAGAAGGAAGCUCCACAUUGAGGCAUGUGAGUAGUAGGCCACCCAUUCCGAAUAAGCCACCGCUUGCAAGGUCUCACUCUGCUCGCUUGUCUCUGCCUUUUGCAACAUAAAGGAAGCAGCCUGUGGAGCUUUUUGUGGUUUUUCUUUGCCGUCAAAUUGAAGUUUCCCUAUAUUGAUACUUGGGCACAAUGCGCUUAAGUACCUAAUGAUUGGGAAAUUUUUACUUGCCUAAAAUUUGGUCUCUGUUUUUAUUUAUGUCAUCAUAUAUAACA